AGCAGGAGCGGCAUCCUUUCUCAGCUUCCGACCUAUCUUCACUGCUGCGUCCGCGUCCCCCUCCGCCGGAUUAGAAUUUGAUCUUACAGUUAGUGCAGUCGAGAAGAUGAUACUGCUCAAUGCUGUUUCUCAUGGCCUACUCACUGGAUUUUGAGUUUCUGGAGUGAGAGAGUGUUCAUACAGCAAUGGGGGGAGAGUGCGGGUUUUUCGUCGGGUUACAAGGAAUACGUCGCCGGUAUGCUGGCUGGAGUUGCCACUGUCAUUGUUGGUCAUCCAUUCGAUACUGUCAAGUUCUGACUACCUUUUAUGAGUGAUUGAAGAUACUUCAUCAAUUGCACAAGAACCACCAUUUUUAAGGAAAACUUGCGGGAGUGGUUUGCAUUGUACUACAAGAAUAUUGAAGACGGAAGGAGUUAAAGGACUCUAUUGUGGCGCAACGUCGUCUUUUGUUGGAAUGGCCUUUGAAAGCUCACUUGCCUUUGGAAUCUAUUCCCAGACAAAACACUUUCUUCAGGGAAACCCAGAAAGUGGAAAGCCACAGCUUCUUGCCAUACUUCCUUCAGGAGCUUUUGCUGGAGGUUUUAUUAGCUUUAUACUUUGCCCAUCUGAGCUGGUAAAGUGUAGAAUGCAAGUGCAAGGUGCUGACUCUAUCCUUCAAAGUUCAAGUCGAUACAGAAGUCCUGUUGAUUGUGCCCUUAAAACUGUUAAAAGCGAAGGGCUUACAGGCCUUUUCCGCAGAGCAGGUGCCACGUUUUUUAGAGAAUCUAUUGGAAAUGCUGUCUUCUUUAGCACUUAUGAGUAUGUGCGCUAUUACAUGCAUAAACCACUCAGAGAUGCCUCCUCUGAUCUAACCCAUGUGAUUGAUGUCGGAGUUGGAAUUGUUAGUGGCGGCCUUGGUGGGAUAGCCUGUUGGUCGGCUGUUCUGCCAUUAGAUGUUGCAAAGACCAUAAUUCAAACUUCAACGGAGAAGAACCAUACAAGAAAUCCAGUCAAGAUUCUAGAAUUGAUUUAUAGGAGAUCUGGAAUCAGAGGAUGCUAUACGGGGCUUGGUCCUACAAUAGUUAGAGCAUUUCCCGCUAAUGCUUCCGCUAUCGUCACAUGGGAACUGGCUAUGAAAAUUCUGGGGAUCAAGCGUGAUUAACCCCAGGUGUCCGUCGGAAGACAUAAUUGCUGAUUCUGUUUCUGGUCACUCUAAAUGAGAUGGCGAUACUUUUUAGCGGUACUCAGUUUGAUAUCUUCAAGAUUACUCCCAAUCUGGCACAAUAGUGUUGAAAUGAUCUGAUGAAAUAGACAUAAAUUAUGGUCCAGUCAUACUUCACUUAUCAAUGAUUGGAGGUGGAUUUGAUGUAUUGGGAUUGUUUUACUUACUUUGUAUAAUUUACAAUUUGUUUCUCACAUGUGCUUUAUUUAUCCUUGAUAAGGAACUCAGUGAGCUCUUGAUUCAAGUCAUACACAAACCAUUUGAAGCUUACUUAAUGUCUAUGGAUAAGAACAUGAGCAGAUUGCAGCACAGGCCGUAAGGUUUUAUGAGCAUGGAAUUUCUGAUUUUUCAGUUUUACUUGCUAGAUUCUUUUACCAUAAUUUUUACAUUGUUAAUGACAAUUAAUUGCUAGUAUAUUUUCUUUGAAAGAUCUGUAGGUGUGGAUGUAUUUCCGAGUCUUUAUCAUGGUGUGAUUUUGAAUACUGGUUGCAUCUCUUACUCAGGUUGUGCACUCAUUAUGAACCAGUCACUGUUCUAGAAUAUAGUUGCCUGUUAAAUUAAAUUUUUGUGUUUGCAUUUCAAAUUAUGUCUCCGUUAUAAUUUUAUACUUCCUAUAGGCAGCCUGGUAUAAAUUAAAACAAGGUGUAUUAGCUUGAAGUUGAUAUGCUUGUGGUUGCACGCUGACGCAGUUGCUGGUGACUGCUAUUAUUUCUUCUCUGGAUAUCAUCCAGGAUAUUGAGAGCUGUGGUCUUACUACCUAGGUCCUUCUUCAUAUAUUCUCCUCGUGACCUGCUUUCAAAUGUAUGAUUGAGCAAUACGUGAUUUUCCAUGAUCCAUACCAGGAAAACUGAAACAAAAGCUCCCAUUUCCCUAUCUUUAUGGUAAGUAAAUAUACAUUGAACUCAACUUAAUUGCAAAUUUUAGGAACCAAACCU